UAUCCUCACCUUUCCCGUAUGGCUCUAGACUAUCUUUCAAUUCCAGCUACAUCCACAGCUGUGGAACACAUCUUUUCUCAAGGCCGACAGCUACUUCACUUCACCCGUAACUGUCUUGGACCAGGCUUCUUUCGUGCAAUCUUGUGUCUGGGCUCAUGGGGCCAUAGGGAUUUGUUACUGAUGGAGGACUUGACUGCUGCG